UGAAAGAGUUGUGAGAGCAAGGUCAGUACAGCGCACUAGUUGUGGCCAACCACGUUCAUAGAAAUGGGGCUUAAAACAAACAGGGGAGUUGUUUUAUUUUUGUGUCUCGUAUUUCUUUACAUUGGCCAAACAUGUGGUAUAACCCUUGAAAUAGUGCAAAGAGAUGAGAUGCAUCUUGAAAAAAGGUCUGCGAAUAUUCACACUGGGACAAUUACUUUUGGCACAGGUGAUAUUUCACUGGGUCAAAAUCUGGAAUAUGAGAGACGAUAUAUUGGACGAGAAACUGCAGACGGUGGCUCUGUUAACAUCCAAGCCGAUGACCCAGGACUGGUGGGUGGACAAAGCGGUAUUGAUGACUAUAGGGCCUGGCAUCGUAUGCAACCAGAUUUAUUAUGUACUAAUGACCUCAUGAAGUUCUCGGCACAAGGCCCUGGGUGCUAUUCACUCCAGUUAGACAGAGGUGGCAAGCCUCUCUCGCUAACCCAGCUACCACAAGACUGUGGCUACUCUGUGACAAGGACUGCGGUGGGCCUUGUGUUUCUCGCCUCUCUUGAUGGUUGUGAUAUUGUAAAACAGGGCAAUAGCCACUUGCUGCAGAUGUUGUGGCAAGGCAAUCCAGUAACCCUCUCCUGCCCUGUGUCAAGCUCAGACCAAGUCUCUCCAGUUUUAUCUACUACUCCAGCUCCAACUACCGAAGCACCUUCUACAGCUGCCAAGAUUCCUCCACAGUAUCAACAGUGGCCGUAUCCCUCCUUUGGAGGCUACUACCCCCCUUUAAUGCCGGUGCAGACUCCCCCUCAAAAUACAGAAGCACCUCCCACAGCUGCCAACCUUCCUCCACAGAAUCAACAGUGGACGUAUCCCUCCUUUGGAGGCUACUACCCCCCUUUAAUGCCGGUGCAGACUCCCCCUCAAACUACAGAAGCACCUGCUACAGCUGCCAAGAUUCCUCCACAGUAUCAACAGUGGAUGUAUCCCUCCUUUGGAGACUACUACCCCCCUUUAAUGCCGGUGCAGACUCCCCCUCAAACUACAGAAGCACCUCCCACAGCUGCCGACCUUCCUCCACAGAAUCAACAGUGGCCGUAUCCCUCCUUUGGAGACUACUACCCCCCUUUAAUGCCGGUGCAGACUCCCCCUCAAACUACAGAAGCACCUCCCACAGCUGCCAACCUUCCUCCACAGAAUCAACAGUGGACGUAUCCCUCCUUUGGAGACUACUACCCCCCUUUAAUGCCGGUGCAGACUCCCCCUCAAACUACAGAAGCACCUCCCACAGCUGCCAACCUUCCUCCACAGAAUCAACAGUGGAUGUAUCCCUCCUUUGGAGACUACUACCCCCCUUUAAUGCCGGUGCAGACUCUCCCUCAAACUACAGAAGCACCUCCCACAGCUAGAUCAAGGUUUUAA